AUGAAGACGACGACGAACGGGUUCAAGAAACACAACCAAGUCGUAGAAGGCAAAAAAAAAUCCAAAGAUUCAACAAAGAAGAAAAACACCCAAUGGACCGAGGAGGAGGCGACUUUAGCUAAAGCUUGGAUUGCCAUAUCACAAGACGGGGAUGUCGCCAACGCGCAAUCGGGACAUAGCUUUUGGAAUCGUAUUUUAGACCACUUCCAUGCGUUAUUGGGAAGGCAAACGAGCCGGACAUAUGAUUCAGUCAAUGCUAAAUGGCACGAUCUUAGAGCAACGUGUACCAAAUUUAACGACGUAUUUGACAAUUUAAAAAAUAUGCAUCGAAGUGGUAGCAACGAUUUCAACAUUUUGUCAACGGCGUUGCACCAAUACAAAAUUACCAACAAUGGUAAACCUUUUGGCAACCAAAAAGCGUGGGAAGUUUGUCGCAAUGGCCCAAAAUGGGUCCUUUAUCCGGAAACGGCGCAUUCGGGAUCUACCACCGGUUCCAACAAAAGGCCGAGAACGUCCGAGUCGGAGAUCGGUGCUAACCUCGACCUCAAUGAUGAGUUCGACGCCACCGAGGGGGAGGGUCCAUCGGACGUCCAUCUUCGUCGACCACCGGGUAGUGACAAAGCGAGAAAGGGGGCUUCAUCUAGCGGAAAAUCAACCAACGAGGACCUGUCGCUGGGCUCAUUGACGGCUGGAGGGAGACGGCGGCCGGCGGUGGUAGACAGCCGGCGACUUGGCCGGACGACAGUCGGCAAACGGAGAAGGUUUUCCUUAUGCAAAGAUGAGGUGACGGUGAAAGAAGUUGAUAUGUCAGGUUUGGAUGGAUUGUAA